UGCGAUCAAUUUUUCUAUUUUACACCAUCCAUUCCACAUACUCUCACAAAGCGAGCGCUUCAUCUGCAUUUUUUACCGGCCCUAAAUUAAAGGGUAUAUCAGAAGAUUAAAGAUUUGGAAAGUAAAAUAUAAAAAAAGAAUUAAAAAAAAAAGAAAUUGAAGAAAUUAGCAGUUCAGAUUCGGGUCGGGUCUUCUUGUGAGAAGAUCUGAGGAUUUGGAAAAAUGAGCGCUUCUCGGUUCAUAAAAUGUGUGACAGUUGGUGAUGGUGCUGUUGGAAAAACUUGUCUUUUGAUUUCUUACACCAGCAACACUUUCCCCACGGAUUACGUGCCAACGGUGUUUGAUAAUUUCAGUGCCAAUGUUGUUGUUAAUGGUGCAACGGUCAAUUUAGGCUUGUGGGAUACUGCCGGACAGGAGGAUUAUAACAGAUUAAGACCGUUGAGUUAUCGUGGGGCUGAUGUUUUUAUUUUGGCGUUUUCUCUUAUUAGCAAGGCUAGCUAUGAAAAUGUUUCUAAGAAGUGGAUUCCAGAGUUGAAGCAUUAUGCCCCUGGGGUUCCGAUAGUCCUUGUUGGGACCAAACUCGAUCUUCGGGAUGAUAAGCAGUUCUUUGUAGACCAUCCUGGUGCAACUCCCAUAACUAAUGCUCAGGGAGAGGAGCUUAAGAAGACGAUUGGAGCACCCGAGUACAUCGAAUGUAGCUCAAAAACACAGGAGAAUGUUAAGGGAGUUUUUGAUGCUGCAAUUAAAGUUGUCCUCGCUCCUCCAAAGUCAAAGAAAAAGAAGAAAGCUGGUCAAAAGGCUUGCUCUAUAUUAUGAUUGGAAAAGUUAAUGGGGGUUUACAAAAAUUAUCUAGCUAUGUUUUUACCUUUCUUUCCUUUUGUCUUUUUCCCGCUUUUUCAUAGAAAGUCAUCAAGGCUAGCAGUGAUCAUCCAUGUGAAGCAUCAGUUAGCUUAUCGUGUGUCUCCAUCAGCCGUGAUCCCUUGUCAGGUUUUGAUUUCAUUUUUCUUCCAUGUAAUACUUUCGACCAGAUAUCCAGUUAGCUUAAUGAAAUUGUCUUGGAUUCA